AUGGCGGACCAGGCUGUGGCCACCUACGUGCCGCUGGAGGUUCCCCUGCCACCGGCCCCUGCGACCUCGUACUUCUCGGAGGCGCAAUGGGAGGUCCUAUUCGGAAUGGCUGAUGCGAUCAUCCCGUCGAUUCGCACCUCAUCCACGUCCAAGUCGUCAAAUGACAGAGUCAUCUCGCAGGCGGAGUGGGACACAGCCGUAUCAAAGCUGACGGCCACCAUCCCGGGACCGGAUGCGGCGAAGAUUGCAGUUCAGUACCUGGAAGAGGAUGUUUCGUCGAAUCCUACUUUUCGUGCCUGCAUCGAGCGCAUCUUCGGCACAUUUGUGCAUGAGGAAGGGCGGGGUGGCAUUGGACUAAUCCUCAAUGCGCUCCAGUAG